AUGUUAAAUAUUCGUUGCUCUAAUUUUGUUAAAAGGGCAGUUUCUUCUGUUACUACUUUAUUUGGACAACCAACAAAAAUGCCUUUAUUAGUGGAGAAAUAUAAUUAUUAUUUGCCUACUCAAUCUGUUAAUUAUUGGAGUUUGAGACGUUUUGAGGUUCUUCCACUACGAUCUUUUUCUGCUCAAGCGGAGCAACAAACAAUUUUUGAUGUUGAUUCUGACGAUGGUUUUGACGAGCUCAUACUUAACUCAGAAAAGCCAGUGAUUGCCUGCUUUCACGCCGAUUGGUAUUUUAAAAUAAAAUCAGAAUACCAGAAUUUCGAAAAAUCAGAAUUUCAGAACAACAUCAGAAUUUCAGAAUCAGAAUUUCUGAAGAAUCAGAAUUUCAAAACAAAUCAGAAUUUCAGAGAAACCAGAAUUUCAGAAAAUCAGAAUUUCAGAAAAUCAGAAUUUCUGAAAAAUCAGAAUUUCUCAAAAAUCAGAAUUUCAGAACAAUUUCAGAACAUUAUCAGAAUUUCAGAACAAUUCCUUUUUUUAAGGUGUGGCCCUUGCCAAAGCUUUGCACCCAGGCUUGAAGCAAAAGUAACUGGACAGGGAGGCAAGAUUUUAUUAGCAAAAAUCAACGUUGAGGGAGGGGCAAGUUCCCUAGCCGAACAGUUUGAAGUUACUUCAAUCCCAACAAUUGUGUGCUUUAAAAAUGGCGAAUUUUUUGAUAGAAUUGAGGGGGCUGUUGAGGAUUCUGAUUUGGAUGACCUUUUGGAAGAUUUGUUAAUGUCUGGGGAAGAAGGGGAGGAGGAAGGGGGAGAAGGAGGAGGAGAAAGUGUUAGGGAAUAA